UUUACCAAUAAAGUGUUCUUAGUAGCGCCUAGUGCGUGGGUCAGGAUGGAAUUCUGACGGGGUUGCGGCUCCGGCCCUGGUCAAGUCGCGAUUCUCCCUCGCGCGACUGUAACAUAGCCUGGCUUUUAACGCGCGCUUGGCAAUUGUCUGUAUAUACACACCUCAUAUAUACUGUAUAGGCAUUGCACCGAGCUGAAUACUGAACAGAGGGGCGACAUGUGAUUCAAAAUGCCCCCCCGGGUUAAGCGCCCUGCGAAGCAGCCAGCUGCAAAGCGGCAACCAGCCGGUAAACGAACACGUAUACAGAGUGACGCAUCCCUAGCACUACUUCUAGAAGCAGCGCCCCAAGUUGUGCAGCUCGCCAGCGACCAAGAGCAGAAUGCGCAAGCCCAACUACGAGAAGCAACGCUCGAUGACAGCGGCGAGGAGCAAAAUGCCCAAGCCCAACUACUAGAAGCAGCGCCCCCACAUGUGGUUGCGGAGCCGCUCGCUGGCGAGGAACAGCAUGCGCAAGCUCCGGCGCCAGCUGCCCUCGUGCGGGACCUGCCACCCCUUCCGUCCAUCGUGUUGCUAGCAGAGGCGGCGGAGGAGGUUGAACAGGAGAAGCUCGCCAAGCGGGCUGCGGGCAUAGUGGAGGAGGAGGAAGCGGACGACGGCGAAUCCUCUGAGUCUGAGUCUGACUCUGAGGACGAGGACGAGCCCGCGCAGCAGCAGCCUGGCGCUAAGGCCGCUGCCGGCGCUAAGGCCGCACCCGGCGGGAAGGCCACGGCCGGCGCCAAGGCCACGGCCGGCGCCAAGGCCAAGCCGACCCUCAAUUGGAAGCAUGGGGACCUCCAGGAGGUGUUCGACGAGGCCAAGGCCAAGCAGCGGCCGAACACCAGGAAGCGCUACAAGACACGGGAGAAUGACCUCGUGCUCUUCGCGAGGCUGUAUGGCCUGGACCUGGACCAGCUGUACGGCGUGGAGCUGGCGAAGCUGGGCAUCAAGCUGGUGCAGGCCAUGGGGAGGCUAGGGUACGGGAAGACGACCAUCGGUAAUGCAAGCAGCAUGAUCCGUGAGCUGUCAACCACCAAUGCUACUCGGGCAAACAUCGUCGAAAAGGCUGGGGACAAUGCCGGUGACUACCCGGCGUUCCGGACUGCGGUCAAGUCGGCCAAGAAGACCGCGAAGGGUGCGCGGCUCAGGCAGCUUCAUGGCGCCACAGGGCGUCGCGCCCGGGGCCUACGCGCACCUGCAGCAGCGGAGCGGCGGCGGCAGCAGCACAGCCGGCGGCAUGGGGCUGACGGGCGCAGCGGGCCCGCCUUCCGCGCAGCAAGAGCAGCAGCAGCAGCAGCUGCACCACAUCAGCUGCUGCACCAGCACAUGCAGCAGCUCGGCGGCGGUGGCAGCGGCGGCGGCAGCGGCAGCAGCACAGCCGGCGGCUUGGGGCUGACGGGCGCGGUGGGCCCGCCUUACGCGCAGCAUCAGCUGCUGCACCAGCACAUGCAGCAGCUCGGCGGCGGUGGCAGCGGCGGCGGCAGCGGCAGCAGCACAGCCGGCGGCUUGGGGCUGACGGGCGCGGUGGGCCCGCCUUACGCGCAGCAGCAGCAGCUGCACCAGCACAUGCAGCAGCUCGGCGGCGGUGGCGGCGGCGGCGGCAGCGGCAGCAGCACAGCCGGCGGCUUGGGGCUGACGGGCGCGGUGGGCCCGCCUUACGCGCAGCAGCAGCAGCUGCAGCAGCAGCAGCAGCUGCACCAGCACAUGCAGCAGCUCGGCGGCGGUGGCGGCGGCGGCGGUGGCGGCGGCACAGCCGGCGGCUUGGGGCUGACGGGCGCGGUGGGCCCGCCUUACGCGCAGCAGCAGCAGCUGCACCAGCACAUGCAGCAGCUCGGCGGCGGUGGCAGCGGCGGCGGCAGCAGCACAGCCGGCGGCUUGUGGCUGACGGGCGCGGUGGGCCCGCCUUACGCGCAGCAGCAGCAGCUGCACCAGCACAUGCAGCAGCUCGGCGGCGGUGGCGGCGGCGGCGGCGGCGGCAGCAGCACAGCCGGCGGCUUGGGGCUGACGGGCGCGGUGGGCCCGCCUUACGCGCAGCAAGAGCAGCUGCACCAGCACAUGCAGCAGCUUGGCAGCGGCGGCGGCGGCGGCACAGCCGGCGGCUUGUGGCUGACGGGCGCGGCGGGCUCGCCUUCCGCGCAGCAAGAGCAGCAGCCGCUCCAGCACAUGCAGCAGCUCGGCGGCGGUGGCGGCGGCGGCGGCAGCAGCACAGCCGGCGUGCGGCUGCCGGGCGUAUCAGGUGCAGCGUUACGGUUGCUGUUUGGCUUUGACCGCAGUGCUGUUGCCAGUACAGCCCUAGGCGCCCAGGCGCUGUCGCCAUCCAUCGCAACAACACCGCCGAGGAUGCAGAGCCCUUCGUCCUUGGCGCACCUCCACCGGUCCACGGCUACUUUCCGAGACCAGCCAGUGCCGAGCACAGCCACCGCAAAUGGCAUCGGUGGUAGCCAGAGCUCUGCGCUCCAUGGGAGCGCGUUUGGGGCUCGGAAUGGUGGUGCACCGCUGCCAGUGCCUCCGCCGAUGCCGCUGCCGGCGCAGCUGCCAGGACAGGCGCAGCAGCAGGCGGCUUCGGUGCUGCUGCCGCCUCCGCAGCUCCUGCAGCCGGCAGCCAUGGCGGCUGCAGUGCUGCCGCAUCCAGUGCGGCCGCCGGACGUGCAACCUACCGUGCUGCUAUCACCCUUGAGCCAGCACCGCGCGGCAGUCCAGACUGCCACUGCAGCUAUGGCGGCAGCUUGUCAGCCUGGCGGUGCACCGCUGCAGCACCGGUUCCAGGAGGCGCCCGGUGUGUCAGCUGCAGGGGGGGCAGUAGUAUCAAAGCGUGCUGCUGCAGUGACGGCGAUUGGUAAAAAGAAAAAGGGCACGGUGGGAGCAGCGGCGGUGGCAACACCGGCAGUGGCAAGCGGGGCCAUGGACGCGGCCUCGGGCAGCAAUACCUGGGUGUGGCGCAAGGACAUUGCCGGCCUCUGCGUUUCGGAUGGUGCGUGGCCCUGGGCAGCGGUACCCGCCACGUUGAGCGACGUGUUCAAGCUGUGGCACGAGGGCUGGCCCAGCGUUGUGCCGCCUUACGCCAAGCUGUUCGCUGAGCACGGUGACAAGUGGUACCCCAGCGGCACAGUCAGCAAGCGGAUUGGCGAGCUGAAGCACCUGUACGAGUGGUGCAUCGUUCAGACGGCCACGCGGCGCCGGUGCACGCCCAAGCAGGCUGCAGAGUUCUGGACUGCCAAGCAGGAGCAGUACGGGCAGUCCACAACCUCCAAGCGCGUGCCGGCCCUGAAACCGUACUGGGAGGCCGUCGUCAAUCCGCUGCGAAAGGACUUGGUGGCUUUCGCUGCCUACGUGUCGGACGCGAAGCCGCAGGACUACAUGUCGCCCACCAAAGUGAUGGCGGCAGCGGCGCGGCAGCGUGCGCUGGAGGCGGCGGGCCCGCAAACCCAAGGCGCCAGCAGUGGCGGCAACACGGGCGAGGCAGGCAGCAGUGCUGGCGAGGCGGCACUGGCGGCGGCGGGCGGUGGUGAUGGUGAUGGUGGCGGUGGCGGCAGCGGCGGCGGUGAGCCCACCUGCGCCAAGUCGUCACACGAGAUGGAGAGGCCCGCUAUUACCGCGUUCCACCUGUGGCUGCGCAAGCGGGAGGGCAAGAUUCCGGGUCAGUCGUUGACGGUAUUAAGGGGGCUGUGGGACAGCCUGCCGGGAGAGGAGAAGCUCAUGUGGUCCAAGCGUUGCACAGAAGAGAAGGCCGCAUAUAAGAAGGCCACGGCCGGUAAGCAGCAGUAGCCUUGCAGGGAUGGUGUGGCGUGAUAGGCUUGGCACGAAUAGGUAGCGCUGUGUUUGUAGCAAGGGUACUGAGCUCUACUGCUGUCAGAGAGGUGAUUACUGCAGUGGGACUAGGAUGUGGGAGCAAGUGAUAGGGCAAUGAUGCGGCUGGCGAAUUUGCUUGCAUACGAAACGAAGAAGCAGAGGGCUGGUGUGCAGUCGAAGGAGCUGGAUAACGCGGGUGUCCGAGCUUGGUUUGCUGCCUUGCCUGCAACGAUUGUCGUGCGAUUGAUGG